CCUCAGUUCCGCCCGUCCCUCAGCUCCGCCCGCCUCCCGUCGGUCCCACUAUUUGCCCCGGCUCCUCCCUCGUCGCUUGGUUACGGCGUCGCUUCCGUCCCUGGGGACCGACCGACAUGGCGGCGGCCACCACAGCGUUCUCCUUUUCCUUCGCCUCCUCCUCCUCCUCGGCGUUGCUGCGCCCGGGCUUGGCGCCGCUGAGGCGUUGGCGAGCCCUCACCGGUCCGGCGCCGCGGGCCGCCUGCAGCGCCAGCAGCUCCCCCUGCAGUGCCGACAGUGAUGAAGCAACAGUUCUCUCAGGGACAAAGCUUGCCAACCAAGUGUUGCAAGAAGUUCAAAGGGAUGUAGAAUCGUGGGUAUCUGCUGGGAACAAGAGACCUCAUCUCACUGUCCUAUUGGUAGGAGACAAUCCAGCCAGUCAUAUCUAUGUCAGGAACAAGAUAAAAGCAGCUGCAGCUGUGGGCAUUUCUAGUGAGAUCAUUGUGAGGCCUAAAGACAUUUCUGAGGAAGAGCUCUUGGAUCUGACAGUGCAACUCAACAAGGAUUCGAGAGUUAGUGGUUUGUUAGUUCAGCUUCCUCUGCCCGGCAAGGACAGAUGGCUCCUGCCCCGGAUUUCAUUCUGGGGCCUGAAGGGGCGUUUUGUUCCGGGCGAACCGUGGAAAGCCGGCAUUUCUGGCAGAGCAGGAGACUGACAGCUGGACUGGGUGAUCUUUGAGAUCCAGUAACAAUUGUAUGGUUCUGCAAAUUCAGCACUUCAUUGGAAGCUCACAAAUAUGACAGAUGUAAUAGAAGAACAUGGGUAAGACAUGCUAAAAAUAGAUCUUGGAGAUAUCAGCAGUCCAUUGAAGGCAAGUAUCAAACACAGGUAGCAGGGCCAGCAGCUUUAGUGAGAUUUGAGAUUCAGUGUGUGGGUGUCAGAAGUGAAGCUGUGAGCAGGUGAGAGUCCAAAAGAACUUCUGGGCCGAGGUGAAAAGUCAGGUUUAUGCUGACAUGCAAGGACAAGAUUAUCCCUCAGAUAAUCUCUGCAGACAGCAGGGCAGCUUUAUUUAUGAUGCCAACUGUUUCACAUGGAACACCUGCCUGCUGUUUCUUUUUUGUGCAAAGCCGUUUCUGCACUUGGCAUAGGGACUUUCUUUUCAUUUCUCCUGGCUGUGGACACCCCUUGAAGUCCAGCAACUUCACUGGCAACGUGUUCAGCUCCUUCAAUCACACAGUAGUGGCCAAAAGACCCCAAGCCCUCUAAUAAUUGUUGCCAGGUGAGUUUGUGAGUGCACUGUCUCUGUGUGGAAGAGGGUAGUGAGCUCAGAUCCACGGAGCAAGGCGCUUGGCCGUGUUUUGCACAAGCAUGUGUUCCUCUAUUAGUAAUGCUAAGUGGAAUAUACUUUUCCAGAACUUUUCCUGCCUUCCCACAGAGGUCCUUGCAGACAACUGACACAUUAUUCAAAUGGUGACAGUCACCAUCUUCGAGUACCCUUGCAGAGUAAGCAAUUUGAAAUUUCUUUGUGAAAGCUUUCUGCUUCCAUGAUCUGCAGCUCUGGAGAACAAAGCAAUUUCCCAGCCAUUCCUGUAAAUAUUUUAUAAAUGCUUAAAUAUAAACAUAAGUAUUCUUCAGUUCAUCAAGUUCAUUACAAUAGAGCCCAAAAUAUGCUAUUUACUCCAAGCUGGAAAACAAACCCUCUUUCUGGUUCCAGAAAAGAAAUAGUUCUAAGGAUUACAAGCAGUUUUAGGUUGCAACAGCAGGCUUACUGUGACUGAGUACAUUCUACUGUCUGCAUUCAUUUAUCUGGUGCUCUUAGUGCACAGUCAAGCUGAACUUUCUUGGUGCUUAGUAUCUUGAGAAUUUCAAAGAGCUGAUGGUAACAGUUCCUAAGUCCCCUGAGGACUUAAAAAAACUGAGAGGUUUUUGAUGUGUCCUGUUUUAGUAGCAUUUUUUGUUGGGCAAUGUAUGUCCUUCCAAGCUGAAAACUGGGUGGGAGUCAAAAAUCCAGAGUUGCACAAGAAGAUAUUUCCCUUGUUGUUUUAGUAGAUUGACUUGCAUCAGAAUAAAAAAUGUGACACAGAGCAGGAGAGAAGAACCAUAGAAGUUUUCAGGGACCCACAGCUUUCAAAGAUAACAUAUAAAAUAGGCCCCUAUUCCAGCAGGAUUUUCCCAGCUGUAGCAGACAAAGGCAAUAAACAGUUUGGAUGAUGGCCAGAUAAUCUGCUGCAGGUAGAUGGAUCUCUGACUGGAUGCUCUGGAGAGCAGAUCUGUUGAGUAAGGCCUUGUCAUGCACAGUCAGGUUACGUGUUGUACUUGGACACAUGAGUAAGGCGGGUUUACGUGGCAGUGCUGGGCUUUGUGCUUGGGUGACUGUUGACAAGAUGGGAACCGUCAGGCUCAUUCCACAGGGGUUACUGCUGAGGAAAUGCCAGAAGCAGUCUGCUGGGGUCUGGAGCGUGAGGCUGUUUUUAGACAUGGAGCUGCAGUGUGUGAAACUGUGCAGCCAGCUCCUGCCAGAGGCAGGAGCCCAGAGGAGCAGCAGUCAGAGGGGGUGGACAGGCUGUGAUGCAGCAGGGGGUACAGAGCCUGGUCCUGUGAGUCAGUACUUGUGCAGACAGGCCUGGAACAAGGGAAGUGGGUCCCCCUGGGACUCUUGAAAGAGGCAAGGCCAUUGUCCUGAGCUGCAGAGGAACUCUCUUGGAUUCUACCUUUCCUGUGUCUCCCUCCACUGCCUUUGGCUCAAUUCCUUUAGCAAGGAAGAAAAAGACAGGGAACAGAGAGCAUCAUGUCCUACAGAAUUUAGAAAGCUGAAUUCUCCCCUGCCUGCUGCCAUAUGUCUCAUUAUAGAUAAGUUUGCCACACAUUGUACAGAUCGAAGCAUAGGAUGAUGUGGGUUGGGAGGGGACCUUGAGGAUCGUUCUGAGUGAGGAUGAACUUAGUUCUUGUGAGCAGUGGUGUCAGUAGAGCUGUGCCAGAACUCACCAUGGUGUUUGUAUCUGCCUCCCUGAAGUUACUGUUCAAGUCACCCCCCUUGCCUGUGUUCUCUUAGCAGGAGCUGCUGUGUGCA